AUGUCCUCGUUAGACGAUAUAGAUGAUUCGCGCCUUCGUUUUGUGUUUGAGUAUUUGCGUGCAAUGUCAGAUAUGAAGAUAGAAAAGUUACUGAAACUCCGGGAGGAUCAAGUAUCCAUGGAUAAAAUUAUGGAGUUUUUUGAAAGUUCGGAUCUCAGUUUGCUGGUCAUCAUCUUUGGAUUUGGAGGCGGACUUGAAGUAUUUUUCGAAUAUCCACCUGCGAUGAAGAAUAAAGCACUCUACUUUGUCAAAAAGGAAAAAAAUUCGUAUGAGAAAGGCGUAGACAUCAACCUGUUGAAAGCGAACGUAAUAUACGGGGACAUGCACAAGUCGCCUCUUCACCAUUUCAUAGCAUUUGUGAACACAGUUCUCUCCCCUAUAAUUCUCAACGAGAGAAAUCGUGAAGGGUGGCCAGAAACUCUCAAUGAAUACAUUAAACGAGAUCUAUUUAACCUACAAAAGAAGUCCGACUUUGUUCUAGCGAGGGCCGAAGGACGUACCUAUUUAGCUCACCCUAUAGGAUUGGAGAAGAUCGAUUCACAGGAUCCUAUUUCUUGCCACAAAGUAAACCUUCUCUGGCUAGUAAACGGAGGCCUGCGAGACCUUUAA